AUCAGGGGCUGGACGGGUUUCUCCGGCUCGUGCCGUCAGCAAGGUAGUGCUGAAUGAGCUUCAGUGUUUGGCUCGUUUUCACAAGUUUCCCAAAGCCGACUAUGGAGUUUGGAUUGGGGCGUUAUAGCUAACACUGAAGUAAAAGGUUGAAGCGUUUUUUUUUGUACGUGUUUCGGGAAUAUCUGGAACACGACACUUUGUCAAAUGUAGGGCCGUGGAAAGUUAAGGAUUUUUUUUAACUCCCAGAUCAGUCAGUGAACUGUAGAGAACCAGACAGGAGAGCGAAGAUGAACCGCUUGUCCUUUGACGAUCCUUCGUUGGAUAACCUGGAUCCAACACUGUCGCUUCAUGACCCAAGUGAUAUUGACACGGCUCUGCUGAGCGACAUUGAUGACAUGCUUCAGCUCAUCAACAACCAGGACAUGGAGUUUGGUGGCCUCUUUGAUCCCAGUACCUUCUCAGCAGGACCCCCCACACAAGAGACGAUUGGCUUGUCACAGACCAUCACCGCUGCCCCUCCAGCUACCACCUCAACACCUACGUCUUCGUCUGCUUCCUCCAUCCUAAGCAACAACCCCCACCUAGAUGCUCUCUUGGGCCCCCCCAUCACCCGGAGCUCCUCCACCCCAGACAAGACCUUCCAGCCUCCCACCUUUCAGCAGUCUCCCCUGUCCCAUGUACCCAUCUCCACCCCGAGGCAGCAGCCGUCCUCGACGCCGCGGUCUCCGAGCCUCAGGCAGCCCCAGGUGGAGCAGCCCCAACCCGCUGUCAGUUCGUCUGCCCCGGCACAGGCGGCUUCUCCUCACGGUUCACCGAAUCCAGCGUUCAGCUCCACCACACAGGUGUUCUUCGCCUCCGCUGUGCCUCAGACCCCACCUCAGCCCCAGUCACAGACACCCCCACCGCAAAGCAGCUUUAAGAGCCAAAUUAGCUGCACAGCUGGCAGCCCCAGCAGUGGGAGCACACCCGUUUGCUCCUCCCCUCCCAGCAUCCAGCCCGUGACCAUUCAGACUCCCCUCCAGGGGCUGACCACGACCGCUCCCCUCCUGACCACAUCAGCAAGCCCUCCAGUUCAAACCAUCGCACCCCAAGUUCAGCAGGUUCCUGUGUUGCUGCAACCCCAGUUCAUCAAAGCCGAGUCACUGCUGCUCACUACUCUGAAACCUGACCCCUGUUUGGUCACAACUGUGGCCUCUCCCACAUCCCUGGCCACCACCAGCGCAGUUCAGAGCACCUCGCUGCAGGCCUUUAUGGGUGGGGGCACCAUYCUGACCACAGUGCCUGUGAUGGUGGAUGCUGAAAAGCUGCCUAUCAACCGCAUUGCCAUCGCUAGCAAGCCAACGGGCCAGCCACACAAGGGGGAGAAGCGCACGGCUCACAACGCGAUCGAGAAGCGCUACCGCUCCUCGAUUAAUGACAAAAUAGUGGAGCUGAAAGACAUGGUGGCUGGGACUGAAGCCAAGCUCAACAAGUCUGCAGUCCUGAGGAAAGCCAUCGACUACAUCCGCUACCUGCAGCAGGCCAACCAGAAGCUCAAACAGGAGAACAUGGCUCUCAAAAUGGCGGCUCAGAAAAACAAGUCUCUCAAGGACCUGGUUGCCAUGGAGGUGGAUGGACAGGCAGAAGUGAAGAAUGAGCUGCCCACUCCGCCGGCCUCWGAUGUGGGCUCCCCAACCUCCUUCUCACACUGCAGCAGCGACUCAGAGCCCGACAGUCCGAUGGGAGAGGACACAAAGCCAAGUAUUGGCACGUUGGAUCAGUCUGCAGCAGGCGGCGGCGUCAGCGGCAUGUUGGAUCGCUCCCGCAUGGCGUUGUGUGCGUUCACCUUCCUCUUCCUCUCCCUGAACCCCCUGGCUGCUCUGCUCUGCUCAGCUGGCAGCAGCUCUGCAGGGAGCACGGCAGACGUCACCCAUCACGCCAGCAGAAGUGUCCUGGGCGUGGAUAUGGCCGCUGACUCGUGGAGUUGGAUGGACUGGAUGCUGCCAACUAUUUUGGUGUGGCUUCUGAACGGCAUCCUGGUCUCGGGAGUUCUGAUCCGGUUGUUGGUUUACGGAGAACCUGUCACCAGACCACACUCUGGAUCAUCGGUUUUGUUCUGGAGGCACCGCAAACAAGCAGAUCUGGACCUUGCUAGAGGAGACUUUGCUCAGGCCAGUCACAACCUGCGAACCUGCCUGAAGGCUCUGGGGCGCCCGCUGCCCACCUCUCAGUUAGACCUGGCCUGUGCCGCGCUCUGGGCUCUGCUGAGAUUCUGCCUGCAGCGCCUCUGGGUCGGUCGCUGGCUCGCCGCCAAGGCUGGUGGGUUGAGGAGUGAUCGCCCCCUGCAGGAGGACGCGUGCAAAAGCAGCCGGGAUGCUGCGCUGGUUUACCAUCGUCUGCACCAGCUUCACAUGACAGGUAAGCUGAAUGGCAGCCACCUGUCAGCAGCACACAUGGCUUUAAGUGCGGUGAACCUGGCAGAAUGCGCCCGCUCGUGUCUUCCUGUAGCCUCUCUGGCUGAGGUCUACGUCUCUGCAGCGCUGCGGGUCAAAGCCAGUCUGCCGAGGAUCCUUCAUUUCACUUCUCGAGUGUUCCUGAGCAGUGCCCGCCAGGCGUGCCUGUCCUCCAGCGGCAGCGUGCCUCCGGCCAUGCAGUGGCUCUGUCACCCGCUCGGCCACCGCUUCUUCGUGGACGGGGACUGGGCUAUCCGCAGCACGCCUAAAGAAAGCAUCUACAGCCAGGCUGGAAACACUGUGGACCCUCUGGCUCAGGUGACCCAGGCCUUCAGAGAACACCUCCUAGAAAAGGCUCUUUACUGUGUGGCCCAGCCUCACGAUGAGAAGAGGCCCAGCCAGGGUGAAGGGGAGUAUGCUGACGCCCUGGAGUACCUCCAGCUGCUGAUCAGUGCGUCAGACGCAGCCGGGGCCACCUCCCAGUCCUUUGCAAUCGGCUCCAACAUGGCUACUGUGACAGGUUGUGACCCCCACUCCAAGUGGUGGUCGUCAGUGGCCACAGUGAUCAUCAACUGGCUUCAAGGGGAYGACGCUGCUGCAGAGAGACUGUAUCCCACCGUGGAGCACCUGCCCUGCAGUCUGCAGAACGCAGAGAACCCUCUGCCCAAAGCGUGUCUGAACACAUUCAGGGCGGUCAGGGCUCUGCUGUUCAAGCCAGAGAACUGCCAGCUGAGUCUGAGCUUCACUGACAAGGCCAGCGUCCUGCUCCGAGACAGCCUCAACAUGGGACCACACAGCCACAGCUCCAGUUUAGACAAGGUUGUUGAGUUGUUGGUGUGUGAUCUCCUGUUGGUUCUGAGGACAAAUAUCUGGCAUGUGCAGCAGCAAGGGGCGAGUCCUACAGGGCUGGGGCCGGCAGGGACCACCGGUCCUGCGAGCCUUCAUCAGGCCUCACCACCUGAACUUCAGGGCUUUCAACAAGACCUCAGCUCCCUGCGCAAACUGGCCCAGGGCUUCAGACCUGCCAUGAGACGG